AUGGAGGAAGACGGGGACCUGGCAAGCCUGACUAAGGUGGUCCAUCUCCUGGUCUUGUCCGGGGCCUGGGGCAUGCAAAUGUGGGUGACCUUCUUCUCAGGCUUCCUGCUUUUCCGAGGCCUUCCACGGCAUACCUUCGGUCUCGUGCAGAGCAAGCUCUUCCCAUUCUACUUUCACAUCUCUAUGGGCUGUGCCUUCAUCAACCUCUGCGUCUUGUUUCCACAACACGCCUGGGCUCAGCUCACAUUCUGGGAGACCAGCCAGCUCUGCCUGAUGUUCCUGAGUCUCACACUCGCCACCAUCAAUGCCCGUUGGCUGGAGCAUCGCACCACAGCUGCCAUGUGGGCCCUGCAGGCCAUGGAGAAGAAGCAGGGCCUGGGUGGGGAGGUCCCAGGCCGCCACCAGGGCCCGGACCUCUACCGCCAGCUGCGGGAGCAGGAUCCCAAGUAUAGCGCCCUCCGCCAGAUCUUCUUCCGCUACCACGGCCUGUCCUCCAUUUGCAAUCUGGGCUGCCUCCUGAGCAAUGGGCUCUGUCUGGCUGGCCUUGCCCUGAAUCUCAGGAGCCUGUAG